GCAGGUGUUGACCUCACCUGAGGAAUCUCAGCGUCCGGUGACAGAAGUGGUCGAAGAUAAAGCAAAAUAAAAAUAAUUGGCUUUUUAAUCACUCGAUAUGGCCGAAUGUGAGAGAAAGGCCCGAAAGUUACACAAUAACAGAAACGAAAGUGAAACCCUUUACUCUGAAUCAGAUCACAUUCUGUUCUGACAGAACGAGGAACCAAACGCCAAACUCCACUGAAAGAAAAUGGCUCAGGCUGAUAUUGACGAGGGAUUAUAUUCUCGACAGCUGUACGUGAUUGACCAUGAUGCAAUGCGUCGCAUGGGAAAGGCUGAUGUCCUCAUUGCUGGAAUGCGAGGUCUUGGUGUGGAGAUUGCCAAGAAUGUGAUCCUGGCUGGAGUUCGAUCGGUCACCAUUCAGGAUGAGGGUGUGGUGGAGUGGAGAGAUCUGUCCUCUCAGUUUUACCUAAAGGAAGCUGAUCUGGGUCAGAACAGGGCUUUGUGCUCUGAGAAGCAGCUCUCUAGUCUGAAUGUCUAUGUUCGAGUGUCUGCCUGGACCAAAAAACUCGAUGAGGACUUCCUCAGUAAGUUCCAGGUGGUGGUGCUCACAAAUUCACCUUUAGAAGAGCAGCUACGUGUGGGAGCAUUUUGUCAUUCGAACAAUAUAAAGUUUAUUGUGGCUGACACCAGAGGGCUUUGUGGGCAGCUGUUUUGUGACUUUGGCGAAUCAUUUGAGGUCAGAGACACAAAUGGAGAGACUCCAGUAUCAGCCAUGAUUGCUCAUAUCAGCAAGGACAAUCCAGGCAUAGUGACAUGCACAGAUGAGGAAAGCCACGAGUUCACCGAUGGCAUGUUUGUGAAUUUCUCUGAGAUUCAAGGCAUGACUGAACUCAAUAGUUAUGGCCCCAUUGAGAUCAAAGUGAGAGACAUCUACUCCUUCAGUAUUUGUGACACUUCAAACUUUUCUGAGUAUGUGAAGGGUGGAGUGGCAACUGAAGUGAAACAGACUGAAAUCCUCAGCUUUAAACCUCUGAAUGUGGCUCUGGAUGAAGCGAUCAGAGAUCCUGAGCUUGUGGAGAUGACAGACUAUGGCAAGACACAAAGACACCUGUCUCUGCAUCUGGCCUUCCAGGCCCUGCAUAGAUUCACUCAGAAAUACAGCCGGGCACCCCAUCCUAGAUCCCAGGCUGAUGCUGAAGUGCUGGUUACUAUCACAAAAGAGCUUUGCACAGAUGCAAAGUUUGAUGAGCUUGAUGAAGACGCUGUAAGGCAGUUAUCUCUGGUUGCCAGCGGUGACCUGGCACCUGUCAAUGCCUUCAUUGGCGGUCUGGCUGCUCAGGAGGUGGUGAAGGCAUGCAGUGGUAAAUUCACUCCUCUCAGACAGUGGCUGUACUUUGAUGCCCUGGAAUGCCUACCUCAGGAGAACGAUGGAGUCCUUUCUGAAGACGCCUGUGCUCCUAGAGACAGCCGAUAUGAUGGGCAGAUUGCUGUGUUUGGAUCUGCUUUUCAAGACAAACUGAAGAAACAGAGCUAUUUUCUGGUCGGAGCUGGAGCAAUUGGUUGUGAGCUGCUGAAGAACUUCGCUCUGAUUGGUCUGGGUGCGGGAGAGGGCGGGAACAUCACGGUGACUGACAUGGACUCUAUUGAGCGAUCAAAUCUGAAUCGACAGUUUCUUUUCCACUCUAAGGACAUUGGGAGACUGAAGUCUGAGGUGGCGGCAGAGUCUGUUAAAGAAAUGAACCCUUACAUGAACAUCACCGCUCACCAGAACCGUGUGUGUCCUGAGACGGAGGAGGUCUACGUAACAAGCUCUGGACUUCCAUUCUGGAUGGGCGCAAAGAGAUGUCCACAUCCUUUGACCUUUGACACCAACAAUACCACCCAUAUGGACUUCAUUGUGGCAGCGGGCAAUUUAUAUGGGCAGAUCUAUGGGAUUACAGGCUCAAGAAAUCGUGCCGAUAUUCAGAGCAAUCUGCAGGGGGUAAAAGUGCCCGAGUUCACCCCUAAAUCUAGUGUAAAGAUAGCAGUGACCGACCAGGAGCUGAAAGAGGAAAAUGAGGAGAGAAAAGAAGAAGACAAAGUCAAGCUGGAGAUGUUAAAGGAGAAGCUGUCCAAACUCCAGCUGAAGGACCAAAGCUUCCGGAUGCAUCCACAGGAGUUUGAGAAGGAUGAUGACAGUAAUUUCCACAUGGACUACAUAGUCGCAGCAUCCAACCUGAGGGCAGAGAACUACGAUAUACCAACAGCUGACCGCCACAAAAGCAAGUUAAUUGCUGGCCGCAUCAUUCCAGCAAUCGCCACAACAACAGCUGCGAUCGCCGGGCUGAUGUGUUUGGAGCUCUAUAAGCUUGUCCAGGGUCACCAGAAACUCACAUCCUACCGCAACGCAUAUAUAAACCUGGCCACCCAAUACUUUGUCCUCUCACAGCCUUGUGUGGCCCCGACAUUCACAGUUGCGGGGCGGCGGUACUCUCUCUGGGACGACUUCCUGGUGCAGGGCCGGCAUGAGGGUCAAAAGGAAAUGACCUUGGAGGAACUGCUGAAACACAUUAAGGAAAACCAUAAGUUGAGCAUCACUGGCUUGUAUUAUGGUACUGCUGUACUGUACAGUGAUCUCUCGGAUCAUACUGAUCGCCUGAAGCUAAGCAUAACUGAUUUGGUGCGCACUGCAACUAAGCAUGAGAUUCCAGAUCACCAGCAGAUGUUGGAGAUCGUUCCCUCGUUUGAAGAGGAUGAGGACUUCCAGACCGUCCUGUUCAUCAGAUACCUGCUCAGUCCUGACCACCCACCCCUCACCUCACUAUUAGCAUGAAUGAAGACACUUCCAGAGCAGAGCCAGAGACCCAAAUGAGCUGCAUCUGCUUCAGUUAAUUAAUUUAAUCACCUUUAGACACAUUUGUGUGCGUUCAGUCCUAAUCACAUUACAGCAGUGGAUCUCAUUCACAAAAACACUUGACAGCUGGGUCUUUUUCUUUCUAUUGUAUUCUGGUUACAAACCUUCAAAUUCUAAAGUAAAAUUCUUAAGAUUAAAAAAAAAUCAAAAUCUCAUUAUCAUUCUGUAGUGAAGCCUUUGAAGAGUGCAUUCCACUUCAUUACUGACUUUUAGAAAUGAAGUAUAAUAUUUGCACAGUAUAUGAGCUGUUUGGUGGCAUGUUGAAACUAUGAGCUAUUGCACAACUCUUUAAGAGACUUAUACACAUGAAAUAGAAGGGUUCAAAUAAUUUGAUUGCAGUUGAAUGGAGUUGGUCAAUCUUAGGAGAGCCAAACAAAUUGAACAUUGGUUAGCAUUAAAAAUAUGGGAGAUUAUGAACUGUAAGA